AAAAAAAAUCUCUAUUGCAAAAAAAUAAAGAAAAGAGGUCAAAAUGAAGAACACUCAUUUGCCUGAAGAAUCCAAGGAACCAAUCUCUCCGGUAUUAUCUUCUCACCGGAAACAAAACAAGACAGCCACGAAAACAUGUUUCCCGGAAACAACGGUGUUGUCGGGACGUGAGAGGUUGAAGAGACAUAGAGAAGAGGUUGCCGGAAAAGUUCCUAUACCGGAGAGUUGGGGAAAAGAAGGAUUACUUAUGGGAUGGAUGGAUUUUUCGACAUUCGACGCUGCUUUUACUUCGAGCCAGAUUGUUUCUGCUCGAGCUGCGUUAAUGGCUGACGCCGGAGACGAUGCCGGAACUAGAGGAAGUAGGCCUCAACGCCUUCGAGUUGAGAGUUCUUGUUGAUUUCAUUGUCUUAGAGAAAUGUUUUUGCAAAUAAUACCUCUCAUCAUGA